AUGUUGGGCGCCUUUGCUAGCACGCAAGUGAGAUGCGGAGGUCUUCUGUGGAAGACGCCGUGGCGCAUGUCAGACAGUCGCAAGGCUAACGUGAGGAAGCGCCUAAAAGCGGUCGAUCAAGUCAUCAGCGUCGUACGAGCCAGCGGCAUUCAGACUGAUGCUCUCACGAGAGCGCUUGCCCUUCCGAGAGAAUGCGAGAUGAGUGCGAGGGACAAGUACACUACCUUUUGCAAGUCCUCGCCUGGCCAUCGCAAAUCGCUUCACAAGGUCCCCAAGUUUACGCGGAUCACUCGCCGGACGAAUCCAGCAGGCUUCUAA